GACACUGCUGUCCCUCUCCUCUCACACUGACACACUCCUGACUGGACAGGAGACACUGCCACAGCCCUCUCUUAAAGUGCUCAGCCUCUGAGCAGCCGACUUGCUCACACCAGAGUACUGGAUUGUGACUGUGGUUGCUCAGAGCCAGGCGUCCCUGCCUCUUCGUUGUGUACCCUGCAGAAGUACCCCGGCGCUUAUCUGAUUCCCCAGAAGGACUUCGACCGGACGUGCAUCAGCACAGUGCAGGUGCUGGAGAAGGAGAAGGAGCAGCCCCUCUGCAGCACAAAGAGCGCCGACGGCCCGCGGAAGGUGGACCGGACCCCAGAGCUCACGAAGAGCGGGCCUUACCAGCACGCCACCUGGGCGCAGGACUUCGGGACGAGCCCGAUCCUCCAGCAGGGCCACGAAAGCCCCGCACUCAACUUCUGCGGCCCCUACAUCCUGUGCCCUCAGUCGCCCUCUUCCUCCUCCUCUUCCUCCUCCUCCCCCUCGGACUACAUGCCCUUCGACUCCCCCGCGGGCGCGCCGCCGUCUGGCAGCCUGCUGCCCGAUGCGUCGCAGGGCUACGUGGAGGUGCCGGUGGCCUUCCAGAGCCCCCCGCGGGAAGAGAGCGAGGGGUACCCCCAGGUCCCCCCGGCCGGACCCCCCACUGGGGACCUCCCCAUGGACCCGCCCCCCGCCUACAGCCCCUCCCCCUUCGCCCCGCCCCCGGCCGGGGGCUCCGCCCUGCUCCUCAAGCAGGUGGGCGACUACUGCUUCCUGCCCGAUCCCAGUGGCAAGGACUGGGACACAGCCGACACCCCCGGGUGCCCCUCCACCCAGGAGGCUGGCCCCCCAGGCAAGGCGGCGCAGGGGAAGGCCCAGGCCCUGGCGCUGAUCGGCGACAGCCCCUACGUGCGCUUGGCCCAGCCCGGCUGCCGCGAGCAGGACUGGGGGCCCCUGGAGCUGUGGGGGGCCCCGCCUGUCGAGACGGGGCCGAAGGGCCGCCGGAUUCUUCCCGAACGAACCGGCAGAACUCCGGCGGGGGGGGGGGGCCCGGGAAGAGCCCCCCCUCCCUGCCCCACACUUCCGAUGAGCUCGGGACCUCCGCUGCACUGAGCUGCUCAUCCCAUGGAAAACACCACCCCUCCACUCCUACGCCCGGAGAAUCCAUCGGGAAGCUCCGGGGAGAGCGCAGCAUUAACGCCCCGCUGGGCCAGGCACCCUGGGACUGCGGAGCACCAGGGCGGGCAGACACACCGCCUGCUGCUCCUGCUCGUCAGCGAGCCAACUCCACGCGCACGACGCACCACACAGGGUGAUCGCCCCAGCGCCUCGGGCGUGAAAACGAGGGGGCCUGCGUCUUUUAUUUCCAGGGCUGGGGGGGGCGAGGGGGUGGUCGGUUCCGUUGCUGCACAAUAAAAACAAGAAUAAUUC